AUACCGAUAUUGACCACCGGCUUCGCCGAUCCGGUUUCGAACUUGCGUUGCGUGUGCGGAUUUUUGUCAUAAAAUAAUAAUAAGGCAAACGCGCUUCCCUAAUUACCAACUCUCUCUCUCUCUCUCUCUCUCUCUACGUUUUUUGUUUCACUGAUUUUCGAUUUUCUCUUUCAACAAGCUUGAAUUGAAGGUACCUAACUAUGUCUUCCUACGGCAGAUACCAUUCUCAGUCUUAUGCUCCAUCUGCACCUGAGGAGCCCCAAUAUUCUAACGCUCCUCCGUCUUCAAAUUACCAACAUGCCACUCCUCAUUCCCAAACUUCAUCCAACGCUUCCGCGCCUUCAAACUACAACAACUAUGGACAAGUUUCGUCAUCUGGGUAUCCUUCUUAUUCAGCUCCACCAUCUGGGUAUCCGGUUUCAUCUUCUGGGUAUCCGGUUUCAUCUUCUGGGUAUUCGGGUUUCCCACCUGGGACCAACCCAGAUGUGAUUCGGAGCUUUCAGAUGGUGGAUAGGGAUCGAAGCGGGUUUAUCGAUGAGAAUGAAUUGCAACGAGCUCUUUCUUCUUCCUUUCACCACUUCAAUCUUAGGACUAUUCGUCUCCUCAUGUUUCUCUUCAAGCACCCUAAUGAACCCCUCAGAAUUGGGCCAAAUGAAUUUGCAGCACUCUGGAAUUGCCUUGGUCACUGGCGAGGCAUAUUUGAGAGAUACGAUAAAGAUAGGAGUGGGAAAAUUGAUCCAUUAGAACUAAGAGAUGCUCUGUAUGGUAUUGGCUAUGCUGUACCAGGCUCAGUUCUACAACUUCUGCUUUCCAAGUAUAGUGAUGGAGGUGAUAGGAGGGUUGAACUUGGUUUUGACAGUUUUGUCGAGUGUGGGAUGAUUAUCAAGGGUCUGACUGAAAAGUUUAAGGAGAAGGAUACGCGUCGUACCGGUUCGGCUACACUUUCAUAUGACGCCUUUAUGUCAAUGGUCAUUCCUUUCCUUGUAUCCUAUUGAGAAGUGAUGCUCGUCGCCGAGAUUUCUUAGUUUUUUAUUGCUACAUUCAAUUGAUUGUUUUAUGAGUUUGCCUGUAAAUAACUACCGAGUUUGUGGCAGGAAAAGUAAUGAAGUAUAAGUAGACAAGUAGUCACGAUAGGUAAAUUAUUGAUUAAAUAAGUUUGAUAUUUUAAUUGAUAUGAAUAAUGUGAUCUGAUGUGUAUAGAAGUUAUGAGUGUUUGAACUUUUUUUUUUUAUUUUUUUUUUUAUUUUUUUGCUCUAAACAUUUUGUAUAUGUUGUCCAUGACGGGCAGAGGUGCAAGGACUAAAAUUUAUUUUUCAA